AAGAAAAUAAAAAAAUUAAAGCUGAAAAUGAUGAAAAUACCAAAGAAAAUUUGCAAUAUGAAGAAACUUUAAAAACCCUUGAUUCGAAUAUUAAUACUGCUAUAAGUUUGUUUAACGUAAAAUAUAAUAUUAAUGAUCCAAUUGAAAAAAGAAUGAAACAACUU